GGGAGAGGGCGGGAGGGGGUGGGUUACACCGAGCCGGGCUUCAGAAAAGGGCCCGAGCCAAAGAGCAGCAGUGAGACGCUGGGGUUUGGGCGGUCAAACCUCCCCCCCGCCCCGAAAGAAAACAAAGUGCUCUAGAACGUUAACCCGAGGCGGGCGGGCGGACGGACGGAGCGGGGAAGGGUCAGAGGUCAGGAGGAGACGGCUCCCCGUCGGUAAGCUGGACACGGUGCCUUUGCUGAAGCAUUGCACAUGCUGGAGUUGUCCAAGCCCCUGACCUGUCCCGGGAUGGCAACCAGGUGACGACGGUCGAGGAUGACCCUGACUGACAGACUGCGCGAGAGGAUAUCGCGAGCCUUCUACAACCACGGGCUGCUGUGUGCUUCCUACCCCAUCCCCAUCAUCCUCUUCACUGGCCUCUGCAUUCUGGCCUGCUGUUACCCUCUGCUGAAGCUGCCUCUGCCUGGAACAGGACCUGUGGAGUACAGCACCCCAGUGAAGGAUUACACCCCACCCUCUCCAGACACAGGUCUGCAGCAAGGGGACCUCAGCGAGCGUCCUGACUGGUAUGUUGGUGCUCCCGUGGCCUACAUCCAGCAGAUCCUGGUGAAAGCUACUGUGUCCCCGUGGCAGAAGAACUUCCUUGCUGUGGAUGUUUUCCGCUCGCCCCUCUCCCGCGUCUUCCAGCUAGUGGAGGAGAUUAGAAACCACGCCCUCAGAGACAGUUCUGGUGUCAAAAGCUUGGAGGAGGUUUGCCUGCAGGUAACAGAUCUUCUGCCUGGCCUCAAGAAGCUGCGGAACCUGCUGCCAGAGCACGGCUGCCUGCUGCUGUCUCCAGGGAACUUCUGGCAGAACGACCGAGAGCGAUUUAAUGCUGACCCAGAUAUCAUCAAAACCAUCCACCAGCAUGAGCCAAAGACUCUACAAACAUCAGCUACACUCAAAGAUCUGUUGUUUGGGCUUCCUGGGAAGUACAGUGGGGUGAACCUCUACAACAGGAGGAGAGUGGUUUCCUACACUGUCACACUGGGGUUUCAGCACUAUGAUGCCAGCUUCCUCAGCAGCCUCCGCUCUCGCCUCAAGCUGCUGCACCCCAGCCCCAACUGCACACUGCGGGAGGAGAACAUCGUCCACGUCCACUUCAAGGAGGAGAUUGGCAUUGCUGAGCUGAUACCCCUGGUCACCACCUACAUCAUACUCUUUGCUUACAUCUACUUCUCCACACGGAAGAUCGACAUGGUGAAGUCCAAGUGGGGCCUGGCGCUGGCGGCGGUCGUGACAGUGCUCAGCUCUCUGCUCAUGUCCGUUGGGCUCUGCACGCUCUUUGGUUUGACACCUACCCUUAAUGGAGGAGAGAUAUUCCCAUACUUGGUGGUGGUGAUUGGCCUGGAGAAUGUGUUGGUUCUCACCAAGUCUGUUGUCUCCACACCUGUGGACCUGGAGGUGAAGCUACGCAUUGCCCAAGGAUUGAGCAAUGAGAGCUGGUCCAUCAUGAAGAACAUGGCAACAGAGCUUGGGAUCAUCUUGAUUGGCUACUUCACUCUCGUCCCAGCCAUCCAGGAGUUCUGCCUCUUCGCCGUGGUUGGGCUGGUGUCUGACUUCUUCCUGCAGAUGUUUUUCUUCACCACUGUGCUGUCCAUCGACAUUCGCCGUAUGGAGCUGGCCGACCUGAACCGCCGGCUGCCCGCGGAGGCCUGCAUGCCCCCACUGAAGCCCAGCGGCCGCUCCCAGCGCUACGAGCGGCAGCCGGCGGUGCGGCCUGCCACCCCCCACACCAUCACCCUCCAGCCCUCCUCCUUCAGGAACCUGCGCCUGCCCAAGAGGCUGAGGGUCAUCUACUUCUUCGCCAGGACCCGGCUGGCACAGAGGCUCAUCAUGGCCGGGACGGUGAUCUGGAUUGGAAUCCUGGUGUACACGGAUCCUGCUGGUCUCCGCACCUACCUCACGUCCCAGGUCACUGAGCAGAGCCCCCUGGGUGACACAGGUCUGCCCCCAAUGCCUGUUCCUGGAGGGGUCCUGCCUGCUGGAGACCCCAAGAUUGACCUCUCAGUCUUCCCAUCGGACUCCAUGCAGCUGUCGGAAAACCAGACACAGCAGCGGGAGCAGAAGUCAAGGCUGGAGUCCCUGAGCAGGCUGGAGACAAACCAGCACACUUGGGCCCAAGAGGGCAAAGGGAAUGGGCAGGCAGAGCUUGGCACUGAAGCAGAGGUUACCUGGGGAGCAGAGGAUGAGGAGAUCUGGAGGAAGCUUUCCUUCAGACAUUGGCCAUCCCUCUUCAGCUACUACAACAUCACUCUAGCCAAAAGGUACAUCAGCAUCCUCCCAGCGAUCCCAGUUACCCUCUACCUGAACCCACAGGAGGCCUUGGAGCUGCGGCAUCCCCAGGAGGCCAACCGCUACCACCCCUUCCUGUCCGGCGGCGCGGGGAAGCUGGAUGCUGAGCCUCAGCCUGACCAAGCCUCAGCCAAGCUGCAAGGCCACCAGGAUGUCACUCUGUACAAGGUGGCUGCUCUGGGCCUGGCUUCGGGCAUUAUCCUGGUGCUGCUGCUCUUCUGCCUGUACCGAGUGUUGUGCCCCAAGAACUACGGGCAGAACGGGCUGGCACACAGCCGCAGGAGGAGGGGGGACCUGCCCUGCGAUGACUAUGGCUACUCCCCUCCCGAGACUGAGAUCGUCCCCUUGGUGCUCCGGGGUCACCUCAUGGACAUCGAGUGCCUGGCUAGUGAUGGGAUGCUGCUUGUCAGCUGCUGCCUGGUGGGCCAGAUCCGUGUCUGGGAUGCUCAGACCGGUGAUUGCCUCACGGUUAUCCCCAAGCCAAGGUUGCGAAGGGACAGCAGUGGCAUCUUUGACUACCAGGAGAGCUGGGACCACAGCCCCGAUGGGAAGAAUGGGCUGGAUGACACCUUUGAGAGCAGCCACCAGCUCAAAAGGCUGCUCAGCCCUCCCCAGCCUCUGCUUUUCUGCGACCAGCCAGACCUCACCUCCCUCAUUGACACCAACUUCUCGGAGCAGGUGAAGGUGGCCCCGUCGGAGACGCGGCUGCGUGCCGUGGGCAGUCGCCAGAAGGAGUCUGGCUACGACUUCAGCAGCCUGGUUGGUAAGGCCUAUGAAGAACAUGGCAGCUCCAGCUGCAGGAGCUUCUCUGGCCUGCCCACCCUACACACCCAGGCUGGCUUCUGUGUGGGGAGCAGCAGUCCCCGCUCCCGGGGCUGUGGGGCCGAGGAGGGAGCCUGCAGCAGCCGCAGGCGGAGCCUGGGCGAUGAGUUGGAGAAAUCCUCACCACUGCCUUCCUGGGGAGGAGAUCUGGAGAGCUCUGUCUGGAGCCUGGACCUGCAGGGAAACCUGAUCGUGGCUGGCCGGAGUAAUGGGAAGCUGGAGGUCUGGGAUGCUAUCGAGGGGACACUGCGCAGCAGUAAUGAGGAAGGUCAAUCUGGCAUCACAGCCCUCGUCUUCCUGAACAACAGGAUCGUGGCCGCCCGCUUGAACGGCUCCUUGGAUUUCUUCUCUCUGGACACACACACAGCCCUGAACCACCUGCAGUUCCGAGGAGCCCCGAGCCGCAGCAGCAUCCCCUCCUCCCCUGUCUUCAGCAGCAGUGACAUCAUCAGCUGCCAGCUCACCCACACCGUGUCCUGCGCCCACCAGAAGCCCAUCACUGCGCUGAAGGCCGCGGCUGGCAGGCUGGUCACGGGCAGCCAGGACCACACCCUGAGGGUGUUCCGGCUGGAGGACUCCUGCUGCUUGUUCACGCUGCAGGGCCACUCGGGAGCCAUCACGGCUGUCUACAUGGAUCAGACGAUGGUGCUGGCGAGCGGAGGCCAGGACGGGGCCAUCUGCCUUUGGGACGUGCUGACAGGCAGCAAGGUCAGCCACAUGUAUGCCCACCGAGGGGAUGUCACCUCCCUCACCUGCACCACCUCCUGUGUCAUCAGCAGUGGGCUGGACGAUGUCAUCAGCAUCUGGGACCGCAGCUCGGGGAUCAAGCUCUACUCAAUCCAGCAGGAGAUGGGCUGUGGUGCCAGCCUGGGCGUCAUCUCCGACAACCUGCUGGUGACAGGGGGGCAGGGCUGUGUCUCCUUCUGGGACAUCGGCUACGGUGACCUCCUGCAGACUGUCUACCUGGGCAAGAGCAACGAGUCGCAGCCGGCGCGGCAGAUCCUGGUGCUGGAGAACGCUGCCAUCGUCUGCAACUUCGGCAGCGAGCUCAGCCUGGUCUAUGUGCCCUCGGUGCUGGAGAAGCUGGACUGAAGAGCAGGAGGAAGAGGGACAGGUGCUGGAGCCAGGCUGGCGGAAGGCAGGUGGGGUGGGAUGUCUGAGCCCUUCCUAGCGUUGAGGGCAGGGAGACAGCAGCUCCAUCGCUCUCUCUGCACCCCUCCUGGGAAUGUUCUGGCCCAGCGCGCUGCAGGGCCCGAGCCCUCCUCGGCUGCCCCAGCUCCACCUUCUCUCGGCAGUCGCAGCAGUGUGGUGGUCCCAGGCUGGAGCAGAGGGACAGGGAUGUGGCACUGAGAUGCUGAGCUCCGCCCCCAGCCGCGGCUCUGCCUCAGCAGCCUCCAGCUUGUUCUCAGCACAGCAGGGCAGGAGCUGCCCAACCUGCUCCCACCUCUUCCCUGGGGGACACCCUGUGGUGGCCAGCCCAGGCCCAGGGCACAGAGCAUACCCUGGCACACCCUGAGAGGGGCUGCUGGCACUGAGCACAGCGCUCACCAGUCUGGCUGCAGCCCCUCGGCACGCUGGCACUGGCUCCUGCCAGGGGAAGGACAGGGCUGACCCCCAGCUGGGCACUUGGCUUGGCCUCCACGUGCCUUAGGGUGCGGGCAGGGUGCCCUGUGCCGCAGCAGCCCCCUGCCCUAUUUAUUUAUCUGCUGUAAAUAGUUAUUUAUUGUGGCAGGAGAGUGCAGGCAGCAGCGCCCUGCAGGCCCGUGCCUGGCUGCUUCCUGCACCCAGUUUGCAGCAAUAGCACCCUCCUCCUCCUCCUCUUCCUCCCAGAGGAGGCUUGUCUCAGGUUGGGAGGGGGCUGGCAGCCCUGGAUCCCAUCUUUUUUCCAGGGACUGAGGAGAAGAAAGGCCCUUGGGAUGAGGUGGGGCACAGCGGGACCAAAGGGCCCUGCCACAAGCUGGUGGCACCCCCCCCAAGGUGGGGCCUCACCAUCAGGGGCCAGGAGUGGGCAGAGGUGGGCACAGCUGCCCUCCCCAGUUGCACUACAGGGCCUGCUGCAGCCCUGGGCAGGGGGUGGGAUACAAACCCUAUGGGGGGGU